AUGAAGCCUAAUAAAGGAAAGACUUUAACUAGAGAGAGAGACUAUGUGUACAAAUUCAGGGCUGGAAAUGAAGAUUUGGUGCUUACUGUGCCUCUCAAAUUCCCUGUGCAAGAGAAUAUCAGUCAUUUGCAUGGACGUCUCAUGGUUCUGCACAACCUGCCAUGCUUUAUAGAAAAUGACCUGAAGCAAUCUCUUAGUGAAUUUGUAGAAGAGGAAACUAUAAAAGAUUAUGACAGAGAAGCUGAAGUGGCUCUGGAAGCAGUGAAAUCAGGAAAAGUAGAUAUCAACCACCUAGCAGAUACUUGGGCUAAAGCUUAUAAAGAGACAACAUUAGAACAUGCCAAACCUGAAGAAACCAGCUGGGAUGAAGAUUUUGCAGAUGUUUAUCAUGAUCUGAUCCAUUCUCCAGCUUCUGAAAUGCUGUUAAACCUGGAACACAAUUAUUUUGUUAGCAUUUCAGAAUUAAUAAGUGAAAGGGAUGUGGAACUGAAAAAACUACGUGAAAGGCAAGGAGCUGAAAUGGAUAAGGUGAUGCAGGAGCUUGGGAAGUCACUGACUGACCAGGAUGUGAAUUCCUUAGCAGCUCAGCAUUUUGAGUCUCAGCAGGAUUUGGAGAACAAAUGGACCAAUGAAUUAAAACAGACUACUGCUAUCCAGAAGCAGGAAUAUCAGGAGUGGGUGAUAAAGCUUCAUCAGGACCUAAAGAAUCCCAACAACAGCUCAGUCAGUGAUGAAAUUAAAGUUCAGCCCAGCCAGCUGAGGGAAUCUGUGGAAGGAAAUGGGAGAAUCUAUGAAGAGCAAAGGCUGCUAGAAGAAAGCUUUACUAUUCACUUAGGAGCUCAGUUGAAGACCAUGCACAACCUGAGGCUGCUGAGAGCUGAUAUGUUGGAUUUCUGCAAACACAAGCGCAAUCACCGCAGUGGAGUCAAGCUGCACAGGCUUCAGACUGCAAUGUCCCUCUACUCAACUUCCCUCUGUGGCCUGGUAUUACUGGUGGAUAACAGGAUCAGCUCAUACAGUGGAAUCAAAAGAGAUUUCGCAACCGUUUGCCAAGAAUGCACGGAUUUCCAUUUUCCUGGAAUCCAAGAACAACUUGAAAUUGUCCAGAAGGUUGUACUUAAGGCCAGAGCACAGCGUAGCAGCAAGACAAAAAGACACCAUGAAAACAGAAUCAAUGGGAAUGAAGAUAAAUUAAAGAAUAUUGAACGAAACCAGUCGAACAUUUUGCCGGGAGAGUUCUACAUCACACGGCACUCAAACCUCUCAGAAAUCCACGUUGCCUUUCACCUGUGUGUGGAUGACAACGUCAGGUCUGUGAACGUAACCGCUCGGGACCCGGCCAUCAUGGGGCUCAGGAACAUCCUCAAGGUCUGCUGCACACACGACAUCACCACCAUCAGCAUUCCUCUCCUGCUGGUGCAUGAAAUGUCAGAAGAGAUGACCAUUCCGUGGUGUUUGAAGAGGGCAGAGCUUGUGUUCAAGUGUGUCAAAGGUUUCAUGAUGGAAAUGGCCUCGUGGGAUGGAGGAAUUUCUCGGACUGUACAAUUCCUGGUACCACAGACAAUUUCUGAGGAAAUGUUUUACCAGCUGAGUAACAUGCUGCCACAGAUCUUCAGAGUAUCCUCCACACUGACUCUGACCUCCAAGCACUGAUUUCUG